CCCAUGCGCCCGUCACCAUGGCCGAGUUCCCCGUUAAGCUCGACGGUCAAACUUACGACCUUCAGAAGUUCCUAAAAGACCAUCCCGGCGGAACUAACACGCUUAAGAACUAUAAAGGAAGGUCUAUAUUAGAGGCUAUGAAGAAGUUCGGACACAGUGUCAGUGCGUAUCACAUGUUAAAAGAUUUUAAAGUUACGGAUAGUAAUCUAACUGGUGCUGUGAGUGAGAAUGGCAGGAUUAUCACGAAGGAGGAGGAGGAUAGGGAUGUGGCAGAGAUCGAAUUUUUGGAGAAACUUGAGAGCCAGCUGGACUGGUCGAAGUCUAUACUGCGACAAAUGGACAUCGUCGCGCCACACUACAACAAGUGGGUGAACAGUGCAGUCUACAGGAGAUGCAGGUUGUUCGAAAGCCCACUGCUGGAGAACCUAACGUAUUCACCGUGGUACCUCGUCCCGCUGUUCUGGGUGCCUGUCAUGCUGUACAUAGGAGUCACCGAGUAUCACCGACUUGUGCUGUGUUCAGAAGCAUGUGGCGGAGACCCGAUGUCGGUAUGGAGGUUCUGCGUGCAAAUAGCCCUGGGCAUGCUGAUGUGGACCUCGCUGGAGUACUCGCUGCACCGCUGGGUAUUCCACCUCGACCCUGGCACCAGCCUCAACAUGAUCAAGCUGCACUUCCUCAUCCACGGGCUGCAUCAUAAGACGCCGUUCGAUGGUCUACGGCAAGUCUUUCCUCCGUUCCCCGCAGCGAUCCUGGCCUGGGUCCUGUACACCCCCGCUAGUAUGAUAUUCACGUAUCCUCGACUACUCCUCGUUGGCAACCUCAUUGGAUAUUUGACCUACGAUAUGAUUCAUUACUACGUGCACCAUGGCUCGCCAAAAGACGGGACUUAUCUAUACGCAAUGAAGAGGUACCAUUCCAAUCAUCACUUCGUCAACCAUGACAAGGCAUUUGGCAUCAGCAGUAACAUAUGGGACCACGUAUUUAAAACGUUUGUACACGUAAGGAGGUUAGGUUUUAGUUUACAGUGGUGAUUGUUUUAGUAACAUAAUGGCCCCGAUUCCUGCAGACACCGCCUAAUUUUAACUUAUAUCCGUCAUUUUCAUAUCCGUCGAAAAGGAAAGGGAUGGAUGAUUCAUAGCUCUUAAUUUUAGGAAGAAUGAGUGAAUGAAUGAAUAACCCGGGCGAAUCAAAAGGUACGUCGCUGGUAUGCAAUCCGUUUGACGUGCUGUCUACUUAACUGUGUCGGGUUAUUGACGGAUGUAAAAUUUUUAGACGGUUGGUUUAGAUUUGUGCUUAAAAUUGACGUGUGUUCCAUUUUUAUGCUUGUCGAUUACCCGUCCCUUUCUUUUUCGGCGGAUAAGAAAAUGACAGAUAUAACUGAAAAUAAAAUUAGAUGGUAUUUACAGGAAUUAGCACCAUUAUUUAAAAGUGUUUUAAAGUGCUCUUAGGCUCACUACAGGCAGAGGCGGUAUCGGAAGCGAUCCGGGGAGCUGGUAUGUAAGUGUGUUAGGUAUGUCAUUUGUGUGAGUGAAUGUAUUUAUAGUUUGUUAUAUGAAUAGGCCGAUUUAUUUCAUUUUAAGCCCAGUGCACACAGAGGCGCGUACAGCGAACGUUAAGGGCUGGGGAGCGGGUUUUUUUUUGAAACCGGGAAUUUCUGUGUGAAGUCAUAAAACAUCCGGUCCGCAACGCUCCCAUUGUCGCCUCUGUGCGUAGGGCGCUUUAAGGUCACAAAGUGUAGUAUAGAAUCCCACCACAUGCAACACAUGUUUGAAAUGUUGUGUUUUUAAAAAGUAAGUCUUUAUGUAAAGACGGGAAUACACAUGACAGUAAAACGGAGCAGUAACUAUCAUGCCAGGUAGCUGGCACGUACCUACAUGAGCAAUAAGGCCGCCUGUUGUGCUUUUCUGUAUAAUAUGCUGUCCUUAUAUCUGUAUUUUGUGUCCAUUGUGCUCAAUAAAGUAUUUUAUCUAUCUAUCUACAUGUGCAAAAACAAAAUAUAGGUAGUGCAAUCUACUGAGGGACUGUCCAGGCCACGUUCCUUAAAAACUAUACAGGGUGUUAGUGACAUCGUAACGAAAACUUUGAGGGGUGGUUCAGGCCAUGAUUCUGAGUUGAUAUCAAGUAGAAAUUUCCGUCGCAAAAGUAUGGAUUGGAAAAUAAUUAAAAAGAAAAGAAAAACUUUCAUGAAUUUUUUGACACGAAAUUCCACUUGAUAUCAACUCAGAAUCAUGGUCUGAACCAUCCCCCUCAGUAUUCGUUACGGUGUCACUAACACCCAUACCUACUUAUAUGGCUACCGUAUGUACUUGUACGGGGUGUAAGUGUCAUCGUAACGAAUACUGAGAGGGAUGAUUCAUCUGAUUAUUCUGAGUUAAUAUCAAGUGGAUUUUUCCAUCGCAAAAGUAUAGAAUUGAAAAUAAUUAAAAAAAAAACUAAAAAAAUCAUGAAUUUUGCGACGGAAAAUUCCACUUGAUUUUAACUCAGAAUCAUGGUCUGAAUCAACCCCCUCAGUAUUCGUUACGAUGUCACUAACACCCAGUAUAAACAGCCUAUAUACCUCCCACUGCUGGGCACAGGCCUCCCCUCAAUCAACCGGAGGGGGUAUAAAAUUUUAUACAUUAUCGUUAAAUCUCAACAGCGCCAUAUACAGGGUGUUAAGUGACAUCCUACCGAAUACGAAGGGGGAUGAUUCAGACCAUGAUUCUGAGUAAAUAUCAAGUGGAAUUUUCCGUCGCAAAAUUCACGACUUUUUAAAUAUUUUUUAAAUUAUUUUCAAUUCUAUACUUUUGCGAUGGAAAAUUCCAUUUGACAUCAACUGAGAAUAAUCAGCUGAAUUACCCCUCUCAGAAUUUGUUACGAUGUCAGUUACAUGCACCCCAUACCAGUACAUACAGGUAGCCAUACACACCGUAACGAAUACUGAAGGGGCUGAUUCAGACCAUGAUUCUGAGUCGAUAUCAAGGAGUUAUUAUUUAUUCGUAGAUUUCAAGUGGAAUUUCCUGUCGGAAAAGUCAUGGAAAUUUUAGUAUUAUUUAAAAAUAUUUUCAGUUCUAUACUUUUGCGACGGAAAAUUCUACUUGAUAUCAAACCAGAAUCGUGGCCUGAAUCAUCCCUCAAAGUUUUCGUUACGAUGUUACUAAAACCCUAUAUACUACUUUUGGGGAAAUUAGUCCCUCCUAGCACGCCAGGUUCAAAAUUACAAUUGAAUAAUUCGAAUCCAUUCGUAUCCAUUUGUUUUUCCAACCUAUUCGAACGUAUUAUAGUUCAUAUCCGCCCAUCACUAGUGUAUUCUCGUCUAUGUUUGAAACUAUAUCUGUGAUGAUAUCUUGUGACACUAUUUGUAAGAUUAUGUCAAGGUAUAUUGUGUAACGUUAUCUUUUAUCUUUGUAUCGUAAUAUUGUAUUGAAGGUGCAUCCAAAUUGCGGUCGAUUGAGACCGAUCGAUGCCCUCAUCAUCAUUCCCCUAGCAUUAUCUCGUUUUUCACAGGGCUCGCUUACCUAACCUGAAGAUUUGACAAGUCCGGUUUUUAUAGAAGCGACUGCCUGUCUGUGACCUUCCAACCCGCAAAGGGAAAAAAACCGGCCCAAUAUAAGUUAGGUCACAUACCUCGGAAAUGCGGGUUUCAUCACGAUGUUUUCCUUCACCGCUAAGCUGGUGUUCGAAUCUGAUUGAAUUAACGUUUGCUCUACAUUGGCCGCAGUAUAGAUGCACUUUUAUGUUUCAUCAAAAUGUUAAUAAUGUACAGAUUUAUUGAAAUAUAGUGAUAAUAAAAUAGGUUACAUUAUAAUAUCUUUGUUAUUUUUACUACUUAUUACACACAACAAGUGCCAUUAUUGCAUUUUUCAUUGUUAAAUCGAUAUUUUUUUCCUGUAGGAAUGUUUCAGUAAAUGUAAAUUGACUUCUUAAAAUAGGCCUAACUACAAAGUAACAAAUAUGUAAUAUAUUUUUUAUUGACCAAAAGAAGGGAUUGCUUAAAUAAAGAAUGAUA